AUGCGUAGAUAUUUAAGAUCUGAUGCAACUCCUCUUUCACCUGAAGCAUACUGUGAUAUUAUAGAUGCUAAAGGUAAAAAGAAUAUAUCAUCAGUUUUAGCUAAAAAAUACAAAAUAUCAUCACAGAAAAUAUAUCAAAUCUGGCGAGAACAGAAGAUGGAUAGUACCCAUACUAUGUAUAGUACUGAUGCUUCUAAUACUUCUGAUACUUUGCGUAUUACUGAUACUUCGCAUAGAUUCAAUAAUUUACACAUAUUUUUUACUAAUAUCACAGAUAGAGCCCAUAGUGUGCAUACCAUUGAUGCUUCCGAUACUCUGCAUACUACGCAUAGUAUUAAUAUUUUAAAGUAUAUGCGCUCCAAUGCUACAAAAUUAUCUUCUGCAGAUUAUGAAGAUAUCAUGCAAUACCGAGAUAUGAAGUCCAAGCCUCUGAAUCAAUUAAGAAAGAAAUUCCAU